UAUGAAUGAAAUCUCUAAUUGCAACAUGUCAUAGUUUGGCCCGCGGUAGUAAACAUCUUGUAUCCAGAUGAUCCGGCAUACGCGAAUGGUUCCAACUGUCAACUUUCAUUUAUCCUUUCCCAUAGCACACAGCUGCUUUCAAUAUUCAUGUUUACCACCAACUCUCCUCUGUGUGUUCGAUCGAGUUUCACCGAAAGCGUAAAUUAGUGAUUCUUUCUCAGUUUCCGCAUAUAUAUUAUUCGGACGAUAUCGCACGGUUGUGUUACCUUAAUAAUUACCUGACCGAUAAUCAUCGCUAAACGAAUUGUGAUCGUGACGCAUGGAAUAGCCCAGAUACUCGAGUGGUGUGAUUGUGUCUCCCUAUCGGUUGUCGCGUUUCAAAUAUCGUAGCUAAUCAGUUAGACCACGUCUCAAACUGCCAAAGUGCAUAUUCUGGUUGCCUUGCGACAAGGCUAAAUAAUAGAUACAAAAAUAAAUCAUUAAAUAAAAUUCGCCACGCCGGUACUUGCGAUUCAAACGUAUGUGAUCUUUAAUUUGUUACAGGUCCCCAGUCCCAGCUCGAGUCAUGUGACACAAACGGAAUAUCCGCAUUAUUCGGUUGUGAUUGAUAUUAUUUUUUUAUUCAUAUUUAAAAACAAGAGUAAAUGAUCUGGAGUUAUCCAUAACGCAAGUUCGAAAGUGAUGCUCCUAGCAAUUAGUGUUGUAUAGUGCGUGUUCUAACCCACAUUUAUCUUCACACCCAAUACACCAAUAUGUUUCGUUCAAAAAUUCGUAUUCACACUUGUCGUGUUAUUUUACUGACUUCUCUGGUAUGGUUCCUCGUUGAUGUAAUGGUACUUAUGUUCUACUCCGAUUGUAUCGGAGGAUCCGGUUGGGGGUGCUCUGACAAUAGGCUAACCACCGCAAUAAAUGGUAAGCCCGAAGUAGCAGCGCUAGAGAGACAAGUGAGGGACUCGCCUACUUUCAAUAGAAGACAAUAUAAACAGUCCGAAUUACAUUUAUGGAGACCUGCAAAGGUUGUUAAGGAAAUUAAGGGCAGUCCCGGAGAACUUGGGAAUGCUGUUCACAUACCUGCAGAAAAAGAAGCAGAACAGCAGGAACUGUUUAAAUUAAAUCAGUUCAAUUUAAUGGCCAGUGAUAUGAUUUCUUUCAACCGAUCGCUGAAGGAUGUCAGGCUUGACGGAUGCAAAAACAAAAAGUACAACAAAUAUCUUCCAGACACCAGUAUUGUUAUUGUCUUUCAUAACGAAGCUUGGAGUACUCUUCUCAGAACUGUUUGGUCUGUGAUCAACCGAUCCCCAAGAUCUGUUCUUAAAGAAAUCAUCCUUGUCGAUGAUGCGAGCGAACGUGACCAUUUGAAACAAGAUCUUGAAGAUUAUGUGAGAACGCUUCCAGUCCCAACAUAUGUGUAUCGCACCGAGAAACGAUCAGGCCUUAUCAGGGCUAGACUGCUUGGGGCAAAGCAUGUGAAGGGACAAGUUAUCACAUUCUUGGAUGCACAUUGUGAGUGCACAGAAGGCUGGCUCGAACCUCUCUUGUCCAGGAUUGCUGACGAUAGAACUACAGUAGUCUGCCCAAUCAUAGAUGUAAUUAGCGACGACACAUUUGAAUAUAUAACAGCUAGCGACAUGACGUGGGGAGGUUUCAAUUGGAAACUGAACUUCAGAUGGUAUAGAGUUGCUCAACGGGAAAUGGAUCGAAGAAAUGGAGACAGAACAGCCCCUUUGAGAACACCAACAAUGGCGGGAGGACUUUUCUCGAUAGACAAAGACUAUUUCUACGAGCUUGGUGCUUACGACGAAGGUAUGGACAUAUGGGGUGGAGAAAAUCUUGAAAUGAGUUUUCGAAUAUGGAUGUGUGGUGGGACAUUGGAAAUAGCGACAUGUUCACAUGUUGGACAUGUUUUCCGUAAGUCAACCCCAUACACCUUUCCUGGCGGCACAAGCAAGAUAGUGAACCACAACAAUGCACGUCUUGCAGAGGUCUGGUUGGACCAAUGGAAAUACUUCUAUUACAACAUUAAUCCAGGUGCUCGCAGUGUGACUGUUGGUGAUGUUUCCGAGCGUGUUAAAUUAAGGGAAAAUCUUCACUGCAAAAGCUUCCGAUGGUACCUUGAAAAUAUUUACCCGGAGUCCCCCAUGCCUCUGGAUUAUUACUACUUAGGUGACGUUAAAAACGUUGAAACUGGAAAUUGCCUUGAUACCAUGGGCAGAAGGGCUGGAGAGAAUGUUGGCAUCAGUUACUGUCACGGCCUUGGUGGUAAUCAGGUAUUCGCCUACACAAAAAGGCAGCAAAUUAUGUCGGAUGACAUGUGCCUUGACGCAGCUAACCCACAGGGUCCAGUAAAGAUUGUACGUUGCCACGGGAUGGGGGGAAAUCAGGCCUGGGUUUAUAAUGACGAGACAAAAGUAAUCAAACACACGAAUACUGGAUACUGUUUAUCGAAACCUCGUCCAGGAGAUGGUUCACAACCUGUACUUGCUUCGUGUGAAUCUCACAACGUCGGUCAAAAAUGGAUAAUGCAAAGUAAGUUCAAAUGGCAAGCCAGCUAAUACCGGGCAGCUGCUAAACUUAAAAAUCAUACCGACUAGUUGUUGAUCCAUCUUCUAAAUUAUCACAUGAAAAAUCAAUCUUUGAAAAGAGCUUGUUGAAUUGAAGCGUGAGCAUAUGGCUCCAAUGGCUUUUACGUAGUUCACAAGUCAGUAGCCAGAACUCAAUUACAUCAUUGAAUGAUAACAAAAUGAACUAUAGCUUCUAAUUAACCCUUGCCUUUGUCAGAUCGGAGACGAAUUCAUGAGUUGAUUGAUCUUUUAGGGCUUGUUUAGUGUUUACAGCAGUGAUGCGUUACCGCCAUUUUUUACGGUAUUCCUCACUAUUUUGAUUGAUGAAUAAUUGAAGACAAAAAUUAUAGUUGUUAUGUAUUGGCGUUAUGAUGAUCCGUUAUGAUCGUGAGCAGGCAGAACAUUUGAGUAAAAUUUUGUUAGGCAGAAGAGAAAGCAUAUCAGACAACUGUUAUAAAUGAGUAAUUGUUGACUUAGACAUUAAUUGAGACAUAUUUGUUAGUUUGGGAUGAGUGCAAUGACGAUGUUUGUUAGUUUUGUCCACCUACUUUUGAAUGAAUGCGAUAAAUCCGUAAUUGUCGCUGUUGUCUUCGACCGACUUCGAAGUGCAAGUUACGUCAUUACUUGUUAGACAGUACAUUGGAAUGUACUGAUUGUUAUAUUGUAGAGGAAGAGUUCUGGAGCUUUGAAUCGAUGAUGUUCAAUAAGGAAAGCUUCACAUUUGAAUUUCAAAUUGAUAUUUCUUAAUAUGUGCACCCAGGGUUCUUCUUCUAAAAUCUAUAUUCCGACAUAGAUCGUUGACGACGAUUGUUAAUAUUCACUUGAAUUUUUUGAUUAUUAAAAUCUGACAAUUUUUUUAAUAGUGAAUUUUGAUAUACAAGGUAUAGUGUGUACCCGUUGGAGAUACACAAAAAUAUGGCAAAUAAAUAGUUAAGAUUGGCAAUAAUUAUUGAAGGUAUUACAUGUUAAUUUACUGUUACAUAAUUUCAAAUAGCUGGAAUGUGUUUUUGAAACUUAUCGAUCAGGACUUACCUUGAUUUGUAAAAUCGGAACGUUCCAAAAUGAUCUAUGGUGACUUGACAAAUUCUUCAAUACUUAUGGUGAUGGUGCAGCAGUUUACUGUUUACAAUUUACAGCUUGAAUAUAUUUAAUUACCCGAUUGUUUUAAGACUGCAGUAUUUAUUUUUGUACAGCCCCAGAAUUUAGUUAUUACUAUAUAGUUAAAAGAAUAUCUAAGAAUAAAAUUUUUUUUAUUCCGUAAUCAUUAUCUAUUCAUAAUAUAGUGGUACCUAAAUAUGUAGUGGCUAAAAUAAUAAACCUCAAUAUUUUAUAUUGCCACUCGCAAUCACUCGAUGCCCGUUAACAAGGAAUUGCCUUUUCAAACCAAGCUGAUUGAUGGCCCUUUCACGAGUUCAAGCAUUUAUAAUAAUUAUUGAAUAAAAAGACAAGUCAACUCGUGCGAUCAUACCCUAAGAAUCACUCGUGGCCCAAGAGACUAAUCUCAGAAAUGACAAAGAAUAUUUUCAAGUAUUCCAACAAGGUUGGGUACUGAGUAAUUUAUGGUGCAUGAAUCUACGACUCAUGGUGAUGUAUACUUGGUACUAUGUCAAUUGACAUUUCAAGUACCUGUUUGUAUGUACUUUAGUACUAUGCAUAGAUGAAGUCCUCUUAUCAUUAAUCUGUAUCAUAGUUCCAUCACAUUGCAUUUAAUUGUUAUUAGACUUUGAUCAUGCUAAGAUUAACGUAGUUAGAUGAUACUAAAUGAAUUCAAGGAUGGUCACUAUAGCUAUUUGUGAAAUGACAACAAAGAAUUAUCUCCAUUAAGCGGCUAAUAUAAUAAUUUUUAUCCUGUUUCAUCAAAAGUACAACAGCGGGCCGUCAAUAAGCAAUAUCAGUCCAUGUCAUUGUAUAGUAACUUCCAUUACAGAGCGCAAAUCUUUAUUCCAAUAGACUUGAAUUUAUAACUAUAAUAUCACUCUCAUAAAUUGUCCAUCGCUUGUAGAUUUAUGAAAUAUCCAUAAAUACAAAUCUUUGUUACUAAUUGGGUUGAGUACGUUUGAUUCAUCUGAUACCGCUAAAAGUAAUUAAGUCACAAAAUUCAAGAUACCUGAUCCAGCCGAAAGAUUUUUUUCCAAAAGUGACUAGUUCGAUAUUCUUAAAAUAAAUGGCAAUUAUUCAUGAGUUGAGACUCUAACAUUAUAAAAUCUUUUUUAAUGAGAGUCAAUUUCAUCAAAGUCCAUGACAAAAACUAAUGGUCACAUGGAUAUAGGAAGAAACUUCAAUAAAUGGAAGGCAGAACUUAGUUGGAAUAGA